UGCUGGGCGGAGGCAGCCGAACGUUUCCAUUGACCCGACCCAACCCGCGCUCAACACUAAUGAGGGAGGUCUUCUCUCUCGCUCUCAACUCCAGCACCUGGAACUGCUCUGCGUUGCUCCACCUCGUCUCGCCUUCUUGUCGUCAUUUUUAUCUCCAUUACUCCAGAUCGUGUGCAUUUUUAUCUCCAUUCUUCCAAAUCUGCGGAUUAAAAUCGUGGCGUUUGCUGGAAUUUUUCAUCUGCGUCUUCGGGCAUUUUUCAAGACAGUUUAAGGCAUUUUCAGUGCGGUUUCGUGGUGCAGAGAAGGUUGUUGUCGAUUAGAAAUGUGGAAGUGUUAAUUGUAGUUGGACAAGGGGCACCGCGAUCGAUUAAGAGCAUCCCGGAAGCGUUCGAAUUCAGGAUUGUUUUUUUUCCGGACACAAUGGUGGUGUUAGCAGCCUCUAUCAUCAGCAAGUCCGGGAAAGCUCUUGUUUCUCGGCAAUGUGUGGACAUGUCUAGGAUUCGAAUUGAGGGGUUGCUCUCUACCUUCCCCAAGCUUGUUGACAUCGGCAAGCAGCAUACAUAUGUUGAAACAGACAAUGUUCGUUAUGUUUAUCAGCCGAUGGAGUCGUUGUACCUUCUUUUGGUGACCAACAAGCAGAGCAACAUUUUAGAAGAUCGCGAUACCUUACAAACACUCUCCAAGCUUGUACCGGAAUACGUACCAUCCCUCGACGAGGAGGGUGUCUGCAGGAUGGCCUUUGAACUCAUAUUUGCGUUCGAUGAAGUGAUCUCCUUAGGUCAUAAAGAAAACGUCACUAUCGCGCAAGUCAAACAGUACGUGGAGAUGGAGAGCCAUGAAGAAAGGAUGCACAAGCGCAUGAUCGAGAGCAAAAUAAAUGACUCUAAAGAUCUCAUGAAGCGCAAGGCCAAUGAGAUCGAGAAGAAUAAGAUCGAGAAAGGUAGAGGCGGUAAAGGAAAUUAUGUUUCUUCCAUGUCCUCAAUGAGCUCAAGGUUUGACAAUAGCUUCGAAGGCACGGACUCAUCAAUGGGUGGAGGUGUGAGAAAUAAUUCAACCAGCUUUGGAUCAGGCCUUGAUUACGAUACCUUCAAACCUCCAGCCCGUGUUACUUCUACUUCAGCUCCUUCAAAAGGAGGCAUGCAACUGGGCAAGUCAACUAAAGCAAAUCAGUUCUUGGAGUCCCUGAAAGCGGAAGGCGAGGUUAUUGUUGAAGACGUUGCACCUGGGCCAGUCAGGUCAUCAGCUGCUUUGCCCAUCAGUUCAGAUCCUAUUAUGGUGGGUGUGGAGGAGAACCUUGUGGUCGUUUUGAAGAAGGAUGGAGGACUUGAGAACUUGGAAGUGCAGGGUAACAUGUCUCUUGUGGUGCAAAAAGAAGAGGAUGCCUACAUUCGGGUUCAGGUUGAAUCAAGUGAAAACUCGAAUUUCAACUUCAAGACGCAUCCAAACAUUGAUAAGAAUCUUUACUCAGAGAAGAAUGUUUUGGGUCUAAAGGAUUCGAGUAGGCCGUUUCCUACAGGAAAUCCUCUGGACAUCUUGAAGUGGCGCAUGCAAAGCAAGCAGGAUUCAAUGGCUCCCUUGAGCAUUAAUUGCUGGCCAUCCGUUUCCGGUGGAGAAUCGUAUGUUAACAUCGAAUACGAAGCUUCUAGAACAUUUGAGCUUCAGAAUGUUGUUAUUCGUAUACCUUUGCCAGCAAUUCGUGAUGUCCCGGCUGUAAACCAAGUAGAUGGCGAAUGGAGGUAUGAUUCCAGGAAUUCAGUAUUAGAGUGGUCCAUCACGCUGAUUGACAAUUCUAACAGAAGUGGAUCUAUGGAGUUUGUGGUACCUGCAGCAGAUCCAAAUUCGUUUUUCCCUAUAGAUGUGAAGUUUACAUCAAACAAGACCUUCUGCGAUCUGAAGGUUGGAUCCGUAAUUCAGACUCAGAGCGGUAACUCUGUAAAGUUCGGAAAACGGACGCAAUUGGUGGUGGAUAGUUAUCAAGUUGUGUAAAGUUCAGUUGGAAUGUUCAGAUGGUAGCCUGUAAUGUAGAUAAUAUAAGGAAUGGUCAUCUUGUCCUUCUCUUCGAUUGCAGUGGAUGCGCCAGGUUAAGGAGUGUUAGCAAAACACAAGUUUACAUCCUUAGUAUUUUAUAGGAGGGUGCCUGAACUAUGUCCCGGCGCAUUUUAGUUGCUUUUAGGGGUGCAUGUGCACGAGCUAUAGAGAGGGCAGUUGUAAAAUUGAUUUUUGGUCGAGAUGGAAGGAUUGGAUCAGGGACCAGUUGUUAGUUAGGUCUGGGCAGGAUAAUUGAGGCUGCAAAAGCGGGAGACUUCUUGUUUCUCUCCACAAGGUCGUUAUACUUGAGUAAUUAAGCUUAGAAAAUUGGACCACGGAGUAAGAUGGACGUUGAGUCUGUCUCUUGGCCGAUGUGUAUAGACUAUAUCAGUUCGGGUUGGGAAUUGCUAAAAUUCGUCCAAUGCAUUUUUUUUUACUACA